AGUCCCCUGUGGGUGUGUGACUUUCUUCUCCAUCCUUGAUUGCACCUCAGCCAAGACCCAGCCAUGUCUGAUGUAGAAGAAGAAUAUGAGGAGCAGGCAGAGGAAGAGGCAGAGGAACCAGAACCAGAAGAGGAUGCAGAGGAGCAGGAAGAAGAUGGAGGUGAACAGCAAGAGUACUCAGAAUAUCAAGAUCAGGAGACUCAGGAGGAAGAGGAAGAGAGGCCCAGACCCAAGCCCGUGGUCCCUCAGCUGGCGCCUCCAAAGAUUCCUGAGGGGGAUCGAGUGGACUUUGAUGAUAUCCAUAGAAAAAGAAUGGAGAAAGACCUGUUGGAGCUGCAGACUCUGAUUGAUGUCCACUUUGAACAGCGGAAGAAGGAGGAGGAAGAGCUCAUUGGACUGAAAGAUCGGAUUGAACGGCGGCGUUGUGAGCGGGCUGAACUGCAACGUGUGAGAGCCGAGAAGGAGAGGGACCGUCAAACCAGGAUUGCGGAGGAACGCCAGAGAAAGGAGGAUGACGAGGCCAGGAAGAAGGCUGACGAUGAUGCAAAAAAGAAGAAAGUUCUGUCUAACAUGGGGGCUAAUUUUGGUGGCUUUCUUGCAAAGGCGGAGCAGAGAAGGGGGAAACGACUGACAGGAAGAGAGAUUAAAAGAAAGACUCUAUGUGAGAGGCGCAAACCUCUGGUGACUGACAAUAUGAGGGAAGAUGCCCUGAAGCAGCGUGCACAGGAGAUGUGGAAUUGCAUCUACGAGCUGGAGUCUGAUAAGUUUGACUAUAUGGAUGAGAUGAAGAAACAGAAAUAUGAGAUUAUUGUCCUCCUCAACAGAAUUUCUCAUGCUCAGAAGUUCAAAAAGGGUCUUGGCAAUAAAGGCAAAGUUGGUGGUCGCUGGAAAUGAAGUCUUUUUGCCAUAGUGGAGGACAGGGUCAAAUGGGGAGAGCUGCAUAUGUCUUCCUUCUCCUUUCCUCUCCCUCUCUCCCACCAUUAGCUCCAUCUCUGUGUUAUCAAAACAAUGUUUUGAAAAGAUUAAAUACAUGAUUCAUAAA